GGUAAAAAAUACAAGGAGUUUCUAUCCUACUUGAAAGAGGUCAAAGCCCAAAUUGGAAAAGAAAGAUCUGAUCAUAUCAAUAAUAAAUUCAAGUCGAGAGUCUCACGGAGUGUGGAUGCUCAUGCUUUCCAUAAUCAUUUGCAUCCCUUAACCCUGCACAAUGGAAAGCCUAACAAUGAAACAGCCAUCAAAAUGCUUUCUUGGAGAGAGGAACCUCUAGUCCAUCAUUUCAAUGAAAAUGAUGAUAUUUCUUAUGAAGAAGUUACAUUUAAAAUUCCUGAUGAAGAGGUUACCAAGCUUCCAUUUGUCAAAAAGCUACCUCGAUCUAUUACCUGGAUUUUCACGGACAGGCAUGUUUUGCUAAUGGCUGCAAGUGAGUCGGUGGUUGGUAAGAAACAAUACCAUUAUGUGAAUGGUGAGACAGUGGAACUGAGUCCUGACAAGACACAGUCUGAAAAAGCAAGGAAACAAAGAUUAUUGUUUUCUCCAGAGGUUGAUCGGCUUAUGUGGUUAAUUGGUCAGAAAUAUAGUUUGGAUGAUCCGGUUGUGGUGCAGAAGAUAGCCAAGUUCCUUUAUUUGAAUGACUCAGACAUUUUGGAGAGGUACAAUGAGCUCAAUAAGCUUAAUAGUGAUGGAUCUGGUAGAAGCAAAUUUACUUCUGUUCCGGCGACUGCUGAUAAGCCUUUUUGCCGCCGUUGCUUGAUAUUCGACUGUCAUAUGCAUGACGAAUAUCAGCCUCUGCCUAGAGAAAAAAAAUCUAAUUUGAAUGAGAGGGAAGAUGCUGAAAAACAAUGCAGUAAGCAUUGUUACCUUAAGCUUAGGAGUGUCAUAGAAGCUGAUCAUGUGGUGGAUAAUGAUAACUCUAUAUCAAACAAGAAAGACAAGAAUGUGGUCUCAGCACAUAAUGAGUGGACGCCUUUUCACAAGAAUCUUUACUUGCGAGGAGUUGCAAUCUAUGGGAGAAACAGUUGUCUUAUUACAAGAAACUUACUUCCCGGACAUAAGACGUGUUUUGAGGUUUACAAUUACAUGCGCGAGCUGCAGGAUCAAACUCCAGAGAUAGACAAUCAGGUUAAUAAAGAGAUAUCUCGGAAAAAAACUAAGAUAGUCCGAACCAAAAAGCAUGUUGGUUAUCCACUUGCUAUAAAAAAUUCAGCUAAGGAAUUAAAUAAGAUGUAUAAGCAGUACACACCAUGCACAUGCGAGCCAGUAUGUGGAGAGGAAUGCCCUUGCUUAACAAGCGGAAAUUGCUGUGAGAAGUAUUGCGGGUGUCUAAAGACAUGCAAGAAUCGUUUUGGAGGAUGUAAGUGUGCAAAGGGUCAAUGCAUUAACAGACAAUGUCUUUGCUUUUCACUUUCUCGUGAAUGCGAUCCAGAUCUUUGUAGCAAUUGUUCGCUUAGCUGUGGAGAUGGCUCUCUCGGUGAGGCAUCACAGCCAAGCCAAUGCAAGAACAUGCAAUUCCUCCUUAAGAAACAUAAGAAGAUUCUCCUUGCAAGGUCUGAUGUUCAUGGAUGGGGUGCAUAUACACGGCACUCUCUAAAGAAAAACGAGUUUCUCGGAGAAUAUACUGGCGAGUUGGUUUCUUUUGAGGAAGCAGAUGAACGUGGGCGAGAAGAAAAAAAGACUAAUUUUUCCUAUCUCUUUACCUUGAAUGAUAAGUUCUGCAUUGAUGCUCGCCGUAAGGGAAACAAGCUUAAAUUUCUCAAUCACACAUCAAAAAAUCCAAACUGCUACGCCAAGUUGAUGAAUGUGAGAGGAGACCAUAGGAUUGGUUUGUUUGCGAAUAAAAAUAUCGGCGAAGGCGAGGAACUUUUCUUCAACUAUGGCUAUGAACCAGAACCAGCAGAUUGUUCUCAGUAG